AGACCAUCCUUACUGAGUUGGGAGGGUAUUUCAUAUAAAUCUUUUUAAAUUCCAGUUUUGGGUGAAAUUACAUCAAUCCUCCCAGCUUUGUUCCAAUGGCAGAUAACACAGCCAUGGUCGACGGCAACCUCCUCAUCGCCAAAUCCCUUAAACAGGCCGGCGUAGAGCACAUGUUCGGCGUCGUUGGCAUCCCCGUUACCUCCCUCGCCAACCGCUCCGUUGCUCUCGGAAUCCGAUUCCUCGCCUUCCACAACGAGCAGUCCGCUGGAUACGCCGCCUCCGCCUACGGCUACCUCACCGGAAAGCCCGGAGUCCUCCUCACCGUCUCCGCCCCAGGCUGCGUUCACGGCCUCGCGGGCGUUUCCAACGCCGGUGCCAACGCUUGGCCGUUGGUGAUGAUCUCAGGCUCCUGCGAUCAGAAAGAUUUCGGCCGCGGAGAUUUCCAAGAACUCGAUCAGAUCGCCGCUGUGAAACCCUUUUCGAAAUUUUCCGCAAAAGCCACAGAUAUCAAAGAAAUCCCCAAAUGUGUUUUCGAUGUUCUCGACCAUGCCGUGGCGGGCCGACCCGGCGGGUGUUACUUGGACGUUCCCACUGAUGUGCUUCACCAAACUGUAACAGAAUCUGAAGCUGAUAAACUAUUGGCUGAUGCUGAGAGUUGUAGAAAACCAGAAGUGAUUGAAGCAGUUGGGCAAUCUGAAAUUCAGAAAGCAGUUUCAUUGUUAAGAAAUGCCCAAAGUCCUUUGAUUGUGUUUGGCAAAGGUGCUGCUUAUGCUAAAGCUGAAGAUGCAUUGAAAAAACUGGUGGAGACUACUGGAAUUCCAUUUCUGCCUACUCCAAUGGGGAAGGGUUUGAUACCUGAUACCCAUGAGCUCGCCGCGACGGCGGCAAGGUCGCUUGCAAUCGGUAAAUGUGAUGUUGCUCUGGUUGUUGGUGCACGGCUGAAUUGGUUGCUACAUUUUGGAGAGCCACCAAAGUGGUCAAAGGAUGUGAAGUUUAUCUUAGUUGACAUAAGCAAGGAAGAAAUUGAGCUACGAAAACCCUGUUUGGGAUUAGUUGGGGAUGCGAAAGGGGUUGUGGAAAUGAUUAAUAAGGAGAUUAAGGAUGACCCUUUUUGUUUGGGGAAGACUCAUCCUUGGGUUGAAGCAAUUUCAAAGAAAGCCAAAGAGAAUGUGUCGAAAAUGGAGGCUCAGUUGGUGAAGGAUGUGGUGCCAUUUAACUUUCAAACACCGAUGAGAAUUAUAAGAGAUGCAAUUCUAGGAUUGGGAAGUCCUGCUCCGAUUUUGGUUUCGGAAGGAGCGAAUACAAUGGAUGUUGGUCGUUCUGUGUUGAUUCAAACUGAGCCGAGGACUAGGUUGGAUGCAGGAACUUGGGGGACAAUGGGGGUUGGUCUGGGUUAUUGCAUUGCCGCGGCAACGGCUUCGCCUGAUCGGCUUGUAGUAGCUGUUGAAGGAGACUCUGGAUUCACGUUCAGUGCCAUUGAAGUUGAGACAUUGGUUCGAUACAAUUUGCCUGUGGUGGUGAUUGUUUUUAACAAUGGCGGUGUAUAUGGUGGUGACCGCAGGAGCCCUGAAGAAGUUACAGGGCCUCACAAAAGUGAUCCAGCGCCCACGUCUUUUGUCCCUGGUGCGAAAUAUCAUGUUGUCAUGGAAGCUUUUGGGGGGAAAGGUUAUCUUGUCGGGACACCUGAAGAACUCAAGUCUGCGCUUACUGAAGCCUUUUCUGCACGGAAGCCAGCUGUGAUAAAUGUUACAAUUGAUCCAUUCGCUGGUUCAGAAAGCGGGAGGAUGCAGCACAAGAAUUGAGGAGAUGUUGAAGAACUUGAUUGAAUAAGUCAGCAGCUGAAGCAAAUUGUGUAACAGUUGACAUAAAAGCAGGGUAAGAUUGUGAUUAGAUGAAUUAGAUGUGCAUCACUGGAGUACAUAGAUUUCAAGUUUGAUCUGAUUAUGUGGCAACAAAAAUACAUAUUAUAAAUUUAUAUUAUCAAUUUUCCCCCUA